AUGAAUUCGAAUGUGGCUGCUCCGUCCUCCCUUUUGAGGAAAAACACCGGCAAAAAUCUCUCCAUGGGUUCCGCUACUAGGACCUCGUUGCUCGGAUCAAGAAACAUCUUGGAUGCCAUCUCCGGAACAAACAGUGCCAAACGCAGGUCCUUACUCUCCACCCCGGCUUCCACCAACAAGCGCAGACAGAGCUUAUCUGGCCAGGCUCUCCAUCCGCCGUCCUCAUCCAGCUCGCAACAAACGCCCCAGACCUCCACACCAAUCGACCAGCGCCCCCUCCGUGACAAGAACUACCAGCAGCUCAUCCAGCAAGAAAUUUAUGACUUUUUGGUGACCAACCGUUUCGAACUCGAAAUGAACCAUACCAUCACCCUCAAAACCCUCAAGCAACCCACCCAGAAAGACUUCAUUUUGAUCUUCAAGUUCUUGUACAAUAAAAUAGACCCGUACUACGAGUUUCAUAAGUCGAUCGAGGUUGAAGUAUUCUCCCUCCUCAAAAUAUUGAACUAUCCGUACUUGGACAGCAUAAACCGGUCCCAAAUCAGUGCGGUUGGAGGACAGAAUUGGCCAUCUUUCCUAGGAAUACUUUACUGGAUGAUUAAAUUAAAUCUUUCCAUACUGAACUUGAACAUCGAUGAUUCACUAAUCAGCCCGGACGAUGAGUUCGACAAGAUUUUCAUCAAGUAUAUACGCGAUUCCUACCAGGCAUUCAUAAAUGAACAAGAUGAUUACAGUGAGUUUUACGAAGAAAUGAAGAUUGAGUUUGAAAAAUUGAAUUCCAAUUUAUUGCAAGAUAUCAAGAAUUUGGAGACUGAUAAUGACAGAUUAAGAUUACAACACAGCGAAUUGAACGGCCAGCUAAUUGAACUACAGCAAGCAGAGAAGAAGUCAGUGGCAUUAGAAGAUGAUUUAAUCAAGUUCAAGGCUUAUAUUGAAACAAUGGAAAACCGCAAAUCGAAAUGGUCAGAAAUCAUUGACAAAAUAAAGGAGGAAAUAACAAAUCGAGAUGAAGAAUUACAAGGCAUAAAUCAAUCACAAAAAGAAUUGGAAAAUCAAAUCUUACAAAAGGGAAUAACAAUCUCGGAAAUAAACAAUUUAAACAUUGAAAGAGACAAAUUAUCCAAAGCAAUAGAUUUGAUCAGUUCUAGGCUUGAAGAUGCACAAUCAAAAUUGAAUGACAAGGAUAUUGAACUCAUUAAGAACUAUCAGAGUUUAGAGAACUUUAUCAAGCAAUAUAACAAUUUGAUACUGAAAACGAAGUCACCCAACUAUGAUUUUGAGAUCAAACUUCUGCAAACUGCUAUUAAUUCAAUCAGUCAAGAGGCAUCCGACAACGACAAAUAUGUUUCAUUGAAGCCUAACGAUAUCAUAAAUAAAGUUUUGAAGGAUGAAAAGAUCGAACUAUUGAAAUUCAGAUCGGAAAUCAAUUCGAAAAUUCAUCAAUAUCAGGAUGAGCAGAUCAAAAUCCAAGAGCAGUGUGAUUUAGUCAUCGAGAAGAACCUGGAACAGUCUGAAUAUUUGGAGGGACUCGGUAGCAAGCUCACUGCUAGUAAGAUGAAUUACGAUGAGAUUUAUGAAACCAUGAUCAAUGAUUCCACAACAUAUUCUACACAAAUCGAGAAGUUGGAAAGAGAAUUGAGAUCAAUCAAGAUUAACACUAACCAGGGGUUCAUUGAAUUGGAAAACCAAUACCAGAACACUUUGAUUGAGCAUGAUGAACUUACACAUUCAUUAGCCAAGUCUCGUAAAGCGCUUUUCGACAAGUGUUGCAAGAUGGCAGAGUUCAUCAUGAAUUUCAAAUUGAGCAUUCAAACAAACUUAUUGGACCUAGAUGACUUGGCUAUGAUCGAAUACGAAAAGGAGCAGAAGGAAGGUGAGCAAAAUCUCCAGUGA